AUGGACACACAUAUUUAUCAAAUGUUCUCGCAAUCGGAGGUUGCCUACUCCGAUUCUCAACACAUCGCAGCUGCAUGCGCCUAUUCCUCAACCCUAUCUGGAUUCGAUCUCUGGCUUAUCGUUGGAGAGUGGACGCCUGCCGCCACUGACUGUGCUCCUUACUUAAACGGACGUGGAAUUGGCUCUCGCUACGACGGAACAUACUCAGGGUCGACAUACGUCGGCAGCUGUACUGGUCUGACGGGUUCAGCAUCGACAUUUAGUGAUGAAUAUAAGACGUUCCUGCGACAGUACUGGGAAGCUCAGGCCAUCACGUUCUCGUCGGCCGCCCAGGGCUGGCUCCAAUGGACAUGGAAAACGGAGAGUGCGGACGAAUGGUCAUAUCAAGCUGGGCUCGCAAAUGGCUGGAUUCCACAAGAUCCGACUGAUUAUCUAUACCCAGAUAUCUGUUCCUGA